AUGCUUACACAAGCGAGUCUCACUCUUUCCCCACUUGAAUCCAUUCGAAAACAUCUUCUUGAUGAUAAUUUCGAGCUUUUUCCUAAUAAUUAUCAAAACCAUGAUAUCUUUUCAAUCAUUGAUAUCAAUGAUGGGAGUUUUCUCCAGGACUCUUGCGAAUCAUCCCUAAAUAAAGAAAAUAUCUCCAACUUUGGUAUUGAAUUCAGUUCAUCAAAUUCAACCGACUUUUAUAACUCUUGUUCAAGCCUCAUUUUUCCAAAUAUAGUAGAUGAUCCACCUGAACAUUCACUAAAUCUUGAUGAUCUCGACGCGUAUAAUUUUUUAGUUGAUAUGAGUGACGGUAACCUUGAAGGUGCAAAUUCAUCUCAUAUUCAAAACAACACUCAGCAAACGUUUCAAAAUGUCAAUUUAGAUGACUUCACAGAUAUUCCAACAAUUUGCAGAGAACCACAACCUCGAUUAUCUCCUGCAACAUUCUCUAAUCUCACAGCCAUUAACAAAAGAACCAAGAAAGCUGCAAACAAACCACUAAACUUGGAUUUCUUGACCGGGCAUGUCAUUCCUAUUGGCGAUGAGACUCCGCUAAAUGAGAAGGAUAGUUUUCCUAGUAAUGAGGAUGGGUUUCAAGCUAAAAAAGUAACCGUAUUGCCUAAAAGAAGGUACAGAGGUGUAAGACGACGGCCAUGGGGGAAGUUCGUUGCCGAGAUGAGGAAUCCGGAGAAGAAAGGUAAAAGAUUGUGGCUAGGGACCUAUGACACACCUGAAAAAGCCGCUUUGGCGUAUGAUCGAACAGCUUUUAAGCAUCUGGGUUCUCAUGCUUUGCUGAAUUUCCCGCAUAUGAUCGGGUUGCACCAAGAAAAUACCAAAAGUCCUACCAUAAAAUAG